AAGAGGGCUAAACUCCGAAACCGUCCAAAGGUAGAGGAAGGCCUCUCCAAUCAUCGUCUCUCACUCGGGCGCCGCCGCUUCUUCCUCCCCGUCCCUUUUUCUCCCAUUCCUUCGUCCUUCUGAUCGCCGCCUCCUCGGGUUUCUGGUAAUCCUCUCGCUCCCCUUGGCGCCUCUCUCUUCUCGAGGAGGUUCCCUCGCCGAUCGUUCUCUUGGUAGCUCAAUCGGAAGAGUUCCGAUUUCCGUAAGAUGGGUGGAAAAUCUAAGGGAAAGAACAAGUGGAGAGCAUUGAAUUCCACUCCUGUUACUUCCUCAGAAUCACAAUCAAAGCCUCUUGAUCCAUUGACAUCACCCAACGAUGGUUCUGAAGCUGCAAAAGUAUCUAAUGGUAAUGCCAAUGGAGUUGAAGAGGCAAGGAAUAAAUCUCCUGCAGCGGAUGGGAGUGCUGGUGACAAGGCACAGAAUUCAGAUGCUCCAGCAACAACCACCGAUCAGGCAGAAGGUGAGCUUCAUCUCUACCCUGUCCCAGUCAAGACACUUUCUGGUGAGAAACUGGAGUUACAGCUAAGCCCAGGGGAUUCUGUGAUGGAUAUCAGACAGUUCCUUCUUGAUGCUCCAGAGACAUGUUUCUUUACAUGCUAUGAUUUGAGGCUGCAUACUAAAGAUGGUUCUGUUUAUCAUUUAGAAGACUACAAUGAAAUUUCUGAAGUUGCAGAUAUUACUAUUAGAGGUUGCUCCUUAGAGAUGGUUGCAGCACUAUAUGAUGACAGAUCUAUCAGGUCUCAUAUUCGCCGUGGCCGGGAAUUACUAUCCCUCUCAAAUAUGCAAACAUCCUUGUCAACAUUUCUGGCUUUGCAGCAUGAAAGUGCACAGCGUAAAACUGCAGAUGCUGUAAAAGUGGAUUCUGCAGAGCAUGAUGGAUUAGGUUUCAUGGAGGAUAUUACUGGCACCCUUUCUGAUUUAGUGACAUCACCUUCAUCUCAGGAAAUUAAAUGUGUUGAAAGCAUUGUUUAUUCCACUUUUAACCCACCUCCAAGUUACAGGAGAUUGGUUGGAGAUCUGAUUUAUAUGGAUGUAGUGUCACUAGAAGGAAAAAAGUAUUGCAUCACAGGAACCACUAGAGGCUUUUAUGUGAAUUGUAGCACAAGAAGUAGUCUGGAUCCAAGCCCAUCUAAACCUGCCCGUGAGGCAAGCACCCUAAUUGGUUUGUUGCAAAAGAUUAGCCCCAAGUUCAAGCAAGGUUUUCAUGAAAUUUUAGAACAGAAAGCAUCUGCACACCCUUUUGAAAGUGUCCAGUCUCUUUUGCCACCAAAUACAUGGCUGGGAUUAUAUCCUGUUCCAGAUCAUAAGAGAGACCCAGCUAGAUCAGAGGAUGCUCUUGCUCUUUCAUUUGGAACUGAGCUUAUUGGUAUGCAGAGAGAUUGGAAUGAAGAAUUACAAUCAUGUCGAGAGUUUCCUCAUAAGACUCUCCAAGAAAGGAUAUUGCGAGGAAGGGCUCUUUAUAAAGUGACAUGUGAUUUUAUUGAUGCAGCAAUUAAAGGUGCAAUAGGAGUCAUUAGCAGAUGUAUUCCCCCUAUUAAUCCAACUGAUCCAGAGUGUUUUCAUAUGUACGUGCAUAAUAACAUAUUCUUUAGUUUUGCUGUGGAUGCGGACCUUGAAUAUAUAUCCAAAACUCUAGAACCAAAUCUUCUGGCUAACUCUCGAGAUGCUGCUGGGAACUGUGAAGACAAAGUUCUAUGUAAUUCUUUAAGAAGUACCUCUAGCAAUAAGUUGCCUGGGGCCACUGGAAACUCUGGUUUGUGUACGUCGACAAACUCAGACAAGGAACAAAAACAAGAUGUUCCAGAUCUUACAACUGAUGCAUCUGCUGAGGUACAGAUUACUGAUAGUGAGCAGGCCACAUAUGCUUCAGCAAAUAAUGAUCUGAAAGGAACCAAAGCCUACCAGGAAGCUGAUGUCCCUGGACUUUAUAAUCUUGCAAUGGCUAUCAUCGAUUACAGAGGUCAUAGGGUGGUAGCACAGAGCAUCAUUCCUGGUAUCCUUCAAGGAGAUAAAUCAAAUUCGCUACUGUAUGGUUCCGUUGAUAACGGCAAGAAGAUCUGUUGGAACGAGUCAUUUCAUUCCAAGGUUGUAGAGGCGGCUAAACGGCUCCACUUGAAGGAACACACAGUCUUAGAUGGUUCUGGCAAUGCUGUCAAAUUAGCUGCUCCAAUAGAAUGCAAGGGUAUUGUAGGUAGUGAUGACAGGCACUAUCUUUUGGAUUUGAUGAGAGUGACUCCUCGUGAUGUAAAUUAUAUUGGCCCUGUGCACCGGUUUUGUGUCUUGAGGCCGGAGCUUGUUGCUUCAUUUUGUGAGGCUGAAGUAGCAGAGAUGUCACAGUCUAGUGCUAGAACCACAGAAAAGGUCCCAGAAGCACCAAAUCAAGAUUCUACUGGUGCUGAUGUAACAGAUAGUACAGAUGUCCACAUCAAAGCAGAUGAAGAAUGUGCCUCUGCACCUUCUGUGCAUAGUAUUUCAUCUGAGGAAAUACUUUUGAAUCCGAAUGUAUUUACUGAAUUUAAACUGGCAGGCAAUCCAGAGGAAAUUGCUGCAGAUGAAGCAAUUGUUAGAAAAGCUGGCUCUCAUCUUGUGGAUGUGGUUCUCCCAAAAUUUGUUCAAGAUCUUUGCUCUCUUGAGGUCUCACCCAUGGAUGGCAAAACUUUAGCAGAUGCAUUUCAUGCUCACGGAAUAAAUAUUCGCUAUCUCGGAAAAGUAGCUAAUAUGGUAAAGCAUUUGCCUCAUCUAUGGGAUAUGUGUUCCACUGAGAUUGUUGUUAGGUCAACAAAGCACAUCCUAAAGGAUUUGCUAAGGGAGUCUGAGGAUCAUGAUCUUGGACCAGCCAUCACACAUUUCUUUAAUUGUUUUACUGGGCAUGUUUCACCUGUUGGUGCAGAAGAUAGUUCAGACAAUAUUCAGUCAAAAGCCCAAAAGAAGGCCGAAGAAAACCACCAAUCUCCUCGUAAGCUCAUAAAGGGUCAAAUGAGUUGGAGCCAUGGAGAAUUUUCUAUAAAGGAUCACUUAGCACAUAUGCGUUUAACCUCUGAAGGACUAUGGUCCCGCAUUCAGGAAUUUGCAAGAUUUAAAUAUCAGUUUGAAUUACCAGAUGAUGCAAGGACCCGGGUAAAAACUAUUGCAGUUAUUCGCAAUCUGUGCCUAAAGGUAGGGAUAACGAUUGCAGCACGAAAGUAUGAUCUUGAUGCUUCACUUCCAUUUCAAACCUCAGAUAUAUUGAAUCUUCAACCCGUUGUAAAGCAUUCUGUUCCAAUAUGUUCAGAAGCAGAGAAUCUCAUGGAAUCAGGGAAAGCUAGGUUAGCUGAGGGACUGCUUAGUGAGGCCUACACCCUUUUUUCUGAAGCCUUUUCCAUACUUCAGCAGGUAGGCCCUUUUCUUUCAUGUUUCUUACCUGUACUAUCAUUCGGAGUUCUAAAUUUUAGUUACAUGUUACAGAUUACAGGUCCUUUGCACCAAGAUGUGGCUAGCUGUUGCCGGUAUCUUGCAAUGGUUCUAUAUCAUGCAGGUGAUGUGCCAGCAGCAAUUGUGCAGCAGCAUAAGGAACUGAUCAUAAAUGAGCGAUGUCUUGGUCUAGAUCACCCUGAUACUGCUCAUAGCUAUGGUAACAUGGCCCUUUUCUACCAUGGUCUAAAUCAGACAGAACUUGCUCUGCGACAUAUGUCUCGAACACUGCUUCUACUUAGUUUAUCAUCUGGUCCUGAUCAUCCUGAUGUUGCUGCAACCUUCAUAAAUGUUGCUAUGAUGUACCAGGAUAUUGGAAAUACAAAAACCGCUCUCCGUUACUUACAAGAAGCUCUUAAAAAGAAUGAACGGCUUCUCGGUCCUGAACAUAUUCAAACUGCAGUGUGUUAUCAUGCUCUUGCUAUUGCAUUUAACUCUAUGGGUGCCUACAAGCUUUCUGUUCAGCAUGAAAAGAAAACUCAUGGUAUACUUGUUAAGCAGCUUGGAGAGGAAGACUCAAGAACACAAGACUCAGAAAAUUGGAUAAAGACAUUUAAAUUGCGUCAGCGACAGGUGAAUGCACAAAAGCAAAAAAGACAAGCUCUGGAUUCAGCUUCUGCCCUAAUGGCUUUUAAUAUUUUAAAGGCAUAUCCUGAACUGCUACAAGCUUUCCAAGUUGCAGCCAGAUCUGGGAAUGCGAGCACAACGAUAAAUAAAUCUGUUGCUGGUGAGGCUCUUCCUCGUGGAAGGAGAGUUGAUGAGAGAGCAGCUCGAGCAGCAGCAGAAGUGCGUAAGAAAGCUGUGGCCAGAGGCAUUCUUGUACGCCAGAAUGUAAAUCCUGUCCAACGGCUGCCCCCACUGUCACAACUUCUCAACAUCAUCAAUUCAGGUUCUACACCUGAGGCUCCGACCAGUGAUCAAGCACAUGAUCCCAAGACGGAACCCAGCAGUGGGCCCGUGUCUGAUGGCUCUGCUGGAGCCAGUGUUGUCAAUGGAUCAAAUCACGAAGAUCAAGCUCCUGUUGGAUUGGGGACAUCUUUGGCUUCUUUGGAUUUAAAGAAACAGAAGUCCAAAUUAAAGGCCACACUAUGAGAGGAAGGCAGAAAAUUAGUUUUCUUUAUCAAGGCUAGACAACGGAUCGUCACAAAACUGAUUUAAUCAGGUUCUUAGUUCAUUGAGGAAUGGCCAAUUGGUCGACACUUUAGUCGGCAUCCAAAUUUCUUAAUAUGGUGACAUCAGGCUGAAGCCUGAUCAGCAGAAGAGACGCUAAAGUUCGCCAGUUGAUUUUUCUUUUUUCCUCCUCGAUGAUUUCCAUUUAUAAAUCUCGUUGUGUUAGAUUCUAAAUAAAACCAUUAUUGCAGUUUCUUUUUAGGUUUCAUUAGAGAUAAGUGGUUGUUCAGCCUGUGACAUCUUUAAGAGGUUACAUCCGAUCUUGUUCCCUUGA